AUGGCGCGCUCAAAGCAGCCGGCCGUUAAGCGCGAGUCGUCUUCCGAGUUCUUCAACAAGCAGUCUGCCGCAUGGGAGGAUGCCAAUGGAAAGGAGAUGAAGGCGACGAAUGGGCACGCGGCUGCUGCGUCCAAGUCGGCGCAAGAGUCGGGCAAGGGCGAGGCGGGCUUGGUUCAGCUUGUAACUGCUGUCGCGGGCAUCUACGCUUCCUUCUUGACCUGGGCGUAUCUCCAGGAGAAGCUGACGACCAAGGCUUACGGCCCGGCCGACGCACCAGAGGUGUGGCAUUUCCCCGUCUUCCUCAACACCAUCCAGUCGCUCUUUGCCGCCGCGGUUGGCUUUGUCUAUCUCCUCGUCUCGACGCCGAAAGGCGCAUCGGUGCCGCCCAUUUUCCCGUCGCGCAGCAUCCUCGGCCCGCUCGCGCUCGUCGCCAUCACCAACAGUCUGGCCAGUCCCUUUGGCUAUGCCAGUCUCGCGCACAUCGACUACAUCACCUUUCUGCUUGCCAAGAGCUGCAAGCUCCUCCCCGUCAUGUUCCUGCACAUUACCAUCUUCCGGAAGCGCUACCCCCUCUACAAGUACCUCGUCGUUGCCGCCGUCACCACGGGCGUUGCCGUCUUCACCCUUCACUCGGGCCGCAAGCAUAAGAAGUCGGCCCGGUCAGACGAGGCAAACGUCUCCUGGGGCUUGCUGCUGCUGGGCAUCAAUCUCCUCUUUGACGGCCUCACCAACAGCACGCAGGACUACAUCUUCCAGACGUUUCGCCCUUUCAGCGGGCCGCAGAUGAUGUGCGCCAACAACAUGAUGAGCACCGUUGUGACGUCCCUGUACCUCAUCGGUAGCCCUGCGCUCGUGUCUACGGGAAUUGGCGAGUGGCUCGGGAUGGACGUUGCUGGCAGCGCUGGCGAACUGAACGCGGCCCUCGAGUUUGUGACCAAGUAUCCUGCCGUGUGGAAGGACGUCUUGGGCUUUGCAGCUUGUGGUGCACUUGGUCAAGUCUUUAUUUUCUAUACUCUGUCCACCUUUUCAUCCGUCCUGCUCGUCACCGUCACCGUGACGCGCAAAAUGUUCACCAUGAUCCUCUCCGUCGUCGCCUUUGGCCAUCGCCUCACGCAGAUGCAGUGGCUCGGCGUCGGCCUCGUGUUUGGCGGCAUUGGCGUCGAGGCGGCCAUUGCCAGGAAGGAGAAGAUGGAUAAGGAGGCUGCCAAGGCGAAGAAGUCUUCUUGA